UUGAGGUUACGAUGGAAACCACCGUUUCUAGUGGCACUUUCGGCCGGAUUUUCGUUUCAAGAGAAAGGUAUCUCUGACGAUGAGAUUAUCGCUGAAAAAUCCAUACCACUGCAUAUGGAUGAGACUGGCGAUUGGGAGUUGGUAGCCGAGCAAGACGAGUAUCGUGUGUUACGACGUCCGUUUGGUGAUGAGAAUACGGGUCUGUACGAGUAUCGGUGCACUGGAACGUAUAAUGAUAUUACACCGCGCGAUUUUGUGGAUACGCAAAUUGAUUUGGAGUAUCGUCAGAAAUGGGAUUCAAAUGUGCUGAAGUUGGAAUUGUUGUACGACGAUAAAGAGAGUGAUUCACAGGUGAUCAGAUGGAUACAUAAGUUCCCGUAUCCGAUGUAUCCCAGAGAGUAUAUCUAUGUGAGGAGGAGAUACGUGGACGAAGAGGAUCGCAGUGUGGUGAUAGCAAGUAGUGCCCUCGAUGAGAGUUUGCUGCCAUCGAGCAACAGUUUCGUUCGAGUGCAAACCUAUCGCUCGGUUAUGGUUGUUCGAGCACAUCACAGUUUCGACGAGAUGGGACUGGAUUAUGUGCUGACCUACUAUGAUAAUCCUGAAAGUAACAUUCCAUCGUAUGCGUACAAUUGGGUGAUCAAUCGUGGUGGACCGAUAUUCCUGCAACAGGUUGUUCAUGCAGCUGCAUUGGAAUUGGGGAAAACACGUUCGGAAAGUUGUUUGGCGAACAAUUUGGCCAAGAAAAUGGAUGAAAUAGAAUCGAAGAUGAGCACUGCAAAUGAGGCGGAAUUCGUGAGUGGUGCUGUGGGUGAGGGUGAGGGUGAAACGGGGCUUGAGGCAGAGAUGAGAAAAGAAAUCGAAAAUCGUGAGAUUUUCGAUGAGCUGGCCGAGAGAGCAGGCCUACAAGGAAUGCCAGAGGGUCUGAAGACUUUACUGAAGGCGUGGCAUGAUCGAUUGACAUCAUGCGAAACACCAGAAAUGUUGUUUGACUAG